AUGACCCCAGAGAUUUUGCGGCAGCUUGCCCUCAACCAUGACGGCUAUGAGUGCCCCAGCCUGAAUGACACCCUCUACCUGCAUUUUCGUGGCUUCCGGCGGAUUGAAAACUUGGGCCCAUACACAGGCUUGCGGGCCUUGUGGUUGGACUCGAACGGCUUGACAGAGAUCGGGGAGGGCUUGGGCGGCUUGCGCCAAUUAAGGUGUCUGUAUCUCCAGAACAACCUGUUGGAGAGCCUGGGGAAAGGGGGGAAAGAGGGGGGAUGCUUGCAGGGGUUGACCGAGCUGGUCACCUUGGACGUCAGUGGUAACCGCUUGCUCUCCUUGCGGGGAGUGGAGGCCUGCCCCAAGUUGCGGACCCUGGUGGCGGGGAAAAACCGCUUGGGCUCAGCAGGGAUCGAAAGCUCGCCCACUGCCCCAUUGCCGCAUUCCCUGCCUGUUUCCGAAGCCACCGAAUUCGAAGCCUUGCGGCCCUUGGCUGGCCUUCCUUCCCUACACACGCUCGACCUCAGCCACAACCACCUCGUCCACGCCCUCCGGGCGGUCCUGCCCGCCCUCCUUCCCUCCCUCCUUCCCUCCCUCCUUUCCCUCACGCUGGAAGCCAACCCUUUCGUGUUCGAGCCGGCGUCUCCCCUGCCUGCGUCCAUUGCGGAUGGCAUGUGUCGGCCGUUGCCGUUGUCGAGGCCCAUUGCCACCACCCAGGACUUUCGGAAGCUCUGCCUCCUCGCUCUCCCUCGCUUGAAGUACCUGGACCGGCCCAUAUUCCCGUUGGAACGUGCCGUGGCGGAGGGGUGGAGGGAGGGCGGGAAGGAGGGAGGAGAGGAGGUAAAGCAGGCCUGGACCAGAAGGGAGGAGGAGGCCCAUCGAGAGAAUUUGCGCGUGUAUCGGGCGUGGGCCCAGCGGGUGAAGAAGGAGAAAUUAAAGGAGGGCAAGGGAGGGGGAGAAAAGGAAGGAAGACGGAAGGAUGAGGACGAGGACGGGGGCGGGAUGGGCGUAGGCGAAGGAGAGGGGGACGAGGAGGCCCGCCUUCGGACAUUAGAAAGAGACAUGGGGACUCCCCGGGACGACAGG